AUGCCACGUUUUUCGAGUCUGCGUGACUUCUCACUGUUGUGCCUCGGCCUGGCGCUUCUGCACACACGCAGCUUUGUGAUGGCUGUCAAUCCCAUCAUUCAGACGCGUUUUACCGCCGAUCCAGCCCCAAUGGUGUGGAAUGAUACAGUCUACAUAUUUUGCGACCAUGAUCAGCCGGGAGCAGCUACCGGCUUCAACAUGAUCGAUUGGCGGCUUUACAGCACGACUGACAUGGUUAACUAUGUCGAUCUUGGAAGUCCUCUUGCGCUCACUGCUUUCUCUUGGGCUUCUUACAAUGCUUGGGCACCGCAAACAAUCGAGCGAAACGGGAAAUUCUAUAUGUACGUAGCCGCUGGGCAGUCAAACGGCAACAUGGCUGUUGGAGUUGCUGUCAGCGACACCAUCGAAGGUCCAUACACGGAUCCAAUCGGGAAACCCUUGGUCGCAACCUCGACUGGCAACAUCGAUCCAACCGUGUUUAUCGACGAUGACGGCCAGGCCUACCUCUACACCGGAAAUCCUGUUCUGUAUUACGUCAAGCUGAAUGAAGACAUGAUCAGCUACUCCGGAGUUGUCCAGAAUGUCUCCUUGACAACCCAAGGCUUCGGUGCUCGACCAAAUUUCUUGUAUAAUGCUGAAAAGCCAACGACCUUUGAGGAAGGCCCUUGGUUCUACAAGCGCAAUGGUCUCUACUAUCUGAUGUAUGCCGCUGAUUGCUGUCCGGAAGACAUUCGCUACUCGACGUCGAAUGGCCCUACGGGACCAUGGCAAUAUCAAGGUCUGAUUAUGGGCGAGCAAGGUGGUUGUCUGGGUAAUCAUGCUGGUGUCAUUGACUACAAAAAUAAGUCGUACUUCUUCUACCAUAAUCAAGGAAACUCUGGCGGCGGCCAAUACGAUCGCUCGGUUUGCGUCGAGCAGUUCGAGUACCUGUCCAACGGCCUGUUUCCCACGAUCGAAAUGACCUAUACUGGAGCGCCUCAAAUUGGAACGUUGAAUCCAUAUCAACGCGUGGAAGCCGAGACGAUGGCAGACUCUUUCGGCGUCCAAACACAGCCUUGCAGUUUAGGAACCCAGAAUAUUGAUGCGUUAGAGGACGGUUAUUGGCUCAUGGUUCAAGGAGUUAACUUCGGACGGGGAUCGGGUGCGCGCAACUGGACCGCGUCAGUAGCUUCAAACACGAACGGUGGAACGAUAGAGUUGAGGAUAGGAAGUCUUACUGGCACACUUAUUGGAUCGUUGACAGUCCCAAGUACUGGAGGAUGGCAGAACUGGCAGACGCUCUCCACCUCAGUGAGCGGUGCCACUGGUGUGCAAAACCUCUACCUGGUCUUUAGAGGAGAACCGGGCUUCCUGUUCAAUGUUGACUGGUGGUCAUUUUCAAAGUAA